AUGGCCUACUCCAUCGUUCCAUUCCGAUCAUUGAGCAGAGCAACAGAAAAAAAAAUGUUAAGCAGUAAUGCCAAAAAUGCAAUACAGUGGUAUGCCAGUCCAACACAAAGUAUAGAGCGUUAUGAACUGACGAAAGUUUGCGUAAGUCAUUACAUAACAGAUUUGACUGUACAAAUCGUGGAACGGAUGUAUGAGUGGGAUAGUGGAGUGAUAGGAUCAGAUGGCAACUUUGAGAGGAGGAAGAAAAAUAAAAUUGUUCGUAACGCACAAUUAGGACAUGACCUUUCUCUACCUAUUAUUUAUUUUCUUCGUAAAGAGUCAUUUUGCAAAAAGCAGGGAGGAUAUCGUGUGUACAGUCGUGUUUAUCAGUGGGAAGUGUUUGAUGAGAAUAAAUUACAAGAAAGUCGAACAAUAAAUAUACAAUUAAGGUGGGGAAUGGGGGCAGUACUGAUGGAAUUAGAAAGCACGCAUCAUAAUGAUUUAAAAACUGAAGAAGAUGAAUCGUUGUUAUGCACUAAGGAUAAGCCCCCGAUUUACAAGUUACCGACCCAGACACGUCUCAAACUUUCCAUUCGUAAAUGGAAUGUGGCGGCGAAAUGGCGAUGGAGUAUAGGUGAAGGACCGUGUGGAAUUUGUCGCGAAACGUUUGACUGUUGUUGCGUUACGUGUCAAACGCCUGGUGACGAAUGUCCUAUCGCCAUUGGUAUAUGCCGUCAUGCUUUCCAUAUGCACUGCAUAGUGAAGUGGACUAAAUCACAAAAAGUGGCUUAUCCGCUGUGUCCUUUGUGCCGGCAGAAAUGGGAAUUUGCGCCGAUGGAACAUACUAAUAGUUGCCCAACGAAUUAA